AUGAUUCUUCCCAUUCGUUCGCUCGUGAGCAUCCUCGCUCUUGCGACUUUUGCCAAUGGUGCCAUUGUUUACCGUGGCUACAAGGCUGGCUCGCCUGAGGAAAUGGCGCGCCACGGUCUCCUUCCGCGCCAGGCCUCGACCGGCGGCGCUGCCUCGAGCGCUGCUGCCCUGAACGACGCGCCGAAUGACUCGCCCAAGUUCGACUUUGGUACGCCCGACCCCAACUACCCGGGUGUUGUUGCCCAGAGCAAGAACGGCCCCACCAACCCGGACAAGCCCAGCUUGAACACCACGAUCAACCAGACCUCGAUCUCGCGUCUGGCCUCGGUUAACAGUGUUGAUGACUGGUGCACUUUCGGCCCUAAGGACAACAGCAAGGAGCUGGGUGACGUUGAGCAGGAGACCGUCGCGUACUGUACCAAGGCGCGUAACGGUGCCCGUGUUAUCCCCGACGGCACUGUUACCGCUGCUCACUUUGUCAAGACUCCGCUUUAUGUCCAGAUUAUGGCCCUCGGUGACUUUACCAAGAUCAACUUCAAACCUGGUGACACGGGUGGUGAGCUUGACCCCCACGGUGCUACCGAGAAGGGCAACCCCGUCGGUGGUAACGUUACCUCGAACAUCAGCGGCAAGGACGUCUUCUACGAGGAGUGGAUGAACUACGUUGGUCACAACAUCAUGUGCUUCCGUGUUUGCAUUGCUGGCUCGGACAAGGCCCCGCCCACGACGGAGUGCCAGCACACCCUGGACGAGGUUGGCUGCAUGUGGGUCAUGCCCGGUGACUACACCCCUGACGUGUUCGACACUUGCGAGGCCGACCCUGCUUACCCCCCUGGUGUCUUUGUCUCCGGCGGCUCGUCCUCGACUUUCCAGCAAUACGGCACUGGUGUAUGGACCAGCAACGGUGUGCAGAAGACCUACACCAACGGUGACAAGGACGCCAAGACGCCCACUGCUGCCCAGUCGCAGCCCAGCUCGUCGAACUGCUCCAAGGUGUCGUCGAUCUCGAACGGCAUUAAGGACAUCAUCCCGACUUCUUCGGCCUCGUCUGGCUCGGGCUCGGGCGGCUCGGGCGGCUCGGGCGGCUCUGGCUCUGGCUCGGGCUCGGGCUCGGGCUCGAAGUCGGGCUCUGGCUCUGGCUCUGGCUCGGGUGGCUCGAACGGUGGCUUCACGCUCGCCCCCGCGCUUGCCCCGGUCGGUGCAGUCUUUGCGGCCUUUGUCGCUGGCGCCUUCCUGCUCUAA